ACUCCUACUGGAUCCAAUCCAUCCAAACCUUUUCUGCAUAAUAAAGGAGGAGAAACUAAAGGACUUGUCAGUUUUGCUGAAUCCUUGCUGCUUUCCUCUGCGCACACGCCUCUUCUCUCUCACUUUGGAGUAAGGGAGGUUGGAAGUGUUCAUUUUGUAGUAAAGGAAUCUGGUUUUCUCUUAUAUUUAUUGAGCGAGUACAAGGUAAAGUGUGGAGAUCGGCGAACGUUAUUGUUUACCACCUCCUUCGCAGUCUGCCUCCUGGUGCUAAUUGAACCAGCUACUCUCACAAAAUAGAGGAAGAAAGCCACUCUCUCUCCCCUGCUUAUCCUCAACUACUUAUUAGAGCGCUUAAAAUCUUUGAUCAGGACUUCUUUAUCAAUUAUGACUGAUAUUAUCAAUACGAAUUCCCCUUCCUCUGAGAGUGGGAAAAACGUGAUUCUCAAAGUCUCUGAGAACAGCGACGCACAGCUCGAGGACUUGUUUAAGGUUUUAAAUGCCGGUGACAGCAGCAAUCAAAGCGCUAGAAAGCGUGGGCUCCCUCCGUCAAUCUACGAAGAGCCGAACAAAGAUGAACAGCAGAAAAACACGCUCGGCCCGUCUAUCCAGUUACCCCAGAACCCUGCGUACGGUCCAGGACGAAACAACGCACAUUCUAGAGUCCUGUCCCUCCCGGCGGACCUGAAUAGAUACCCAAGAGGGGACGAGUACAACUAUCACAAUAUUCCGCUGCCACCAGGUUGGGAGAUUGGGAAGACACCGGAUAGUCACACUUACUUUAUCAAUCAUAACGAGAGGCGGACCCAAUGGGAGGACCCAAGACUACAAAUGAUGGGGCUCUCCCGUGGAGACCACAUGGCAGGCGGAAUGGUCGCUCCCCACAACAUGGCCCAGCCCCCCUACAACCAGCAGCAGACAACGCCUACAGGGUCGCUAACACACAUGGCAGGACCACAACCAAACUUCCCUCACUAUCCGCAGCAUCGUCAUGUCAACAACCAAUCUUUAGAUCACACUCAAAUGGGAGGCAUGGGAGGAAUAGCCGAGGGAGGAGAGCUACGCUCUCACCUCCAUCCCCUCAUGUCGCACCAGUACUCACAGUCGUAUGGUGGUCCCACUCCCAUCCAUCGUCCAAUGUCCAGCAUGCCCGCCCCCAUGGGCAUGCACCCUGGCAUGCAUGUUCCUCUAUCCUCAAAGCGCUCUUAUGAUCUAACCAUGAUGGAGCAUAAGCCUCCAGUGACAUUAGGAGGGGAUCCUUAUUUGAGUGAACACGCUAGACAAGCCUCACACGACUCUGGCCUUGGGUAUCCUUAUCAAGGGGACCAGGGUAUGAUGGAGUUUGAGGAUACUUUUGAUGGUGGUUUGCACUCUCUCCCUCCUCAUCCUGGUCUCCCACAGGAGCAAGGGGGUCCUCCUAAUCACGGACUAAUGGAUCCGUUACAAGGACCGCCAGGAGGCGAAGUAGAGCCACACCCUCAGAUGGAUUUCGGCGGUGACAUGCUCGGGGACUUUUCCAACAAUCAAGGAAUGUUUGGUAGUAAUACUUGGGUGUAACUCGCUCUAUUGUCUUGCUCUUAUUAUCUCCGACCAAUUGCCCCCUAUACUCCCGACCUUCUCUUCUCCUUUCAUUUCAUUAUUGUUUCUUCUCUUCAUUCGAUAUGCUUUGUCCUUCAACAACAGUAGUCAAAGGUUUUCUCUUGAGAAAGACUUCAUUUUCAUCAUUCACACGUUCAUUAAUGUUCCUCUUUCUCCUUUUUUGAGAACACGGUCUUUAAUCCUCACUCUCUCUCUCUCUCUUUUGUAUGUUUUGUGUGAUUCUGUUUGUGUGUUUGUGUUGAUAUUUAUCUCUAUUUUUCUGAACGACUCCCAAUUUUUAUAGCACAAAAUUAAUGUAAUUCCUUCAACUUAUUUUCACUAUAAUUAUAAUAAUUAUUAUUUAGUCUCACUCUUAUUAUUAUCAUCAUUGAUACUAUUAUUAUUAUUAUUAUUAUUAUUAUUAUUAUUAUUAUUAUUAUUAUUGUGGGUAAUUCAAUUUUGUAGUUAAACGAACAUCAAAAGUUUUCAAAA